AAUUUUCUACUCAUAGUCACAAUUUUUUCCCUACAAUAUUUGUGUGAAAGGAGGUCAGCCGCGUAGGUUGAAUUCUCAAGUUCUCAACCGAUAAUAUCAAGGUUCUACAAUUACAACAGCUUUUGCCAAAUCACAGUCCCGUCGUACCAUUCCUACACCAAACAGAAACUCCCACCUUAUUUUAAAUUGGUAAAAAAAUAAAAUCAAAAAAAUAAUGUACUUGUAGUAAUUAAAUGGUAUUGGUACCUUAAGCAUCAUUUAUAAAAACCUGUAUAAUAGUCAAACCAAAAAUCUCUUUUAUCUUUACCAUCACAUCCUCUCAUCUUACAUUCUUACGUACACAUAGCAUAAAUACUCUCAACCACCCUUUUUCAUUCACUAAUAUUACAACUCUAUUAAAAAUAUAUAUAAAAAUCUAUAUCUACAUUUUUGCACCCUUCUUCAACACACUUUCUCAACCCCAAAUUCACAAAUUAAACACAAAAAAUUCAUAAAUACUCAAAAACCCAUCAUUAUUACCUAAACACAUGUUCUCCCUAACUAAUAGAUUUCAAUUAAGAUGAACUAUUUCUCAGACGAUUUCGAAUCAAAGAGCAAUAGUAGUUCCUACUCAAUGACAGGUAGUGAGUUUAUCCACACAUCACCUGAAAAUUUUUCCCUUUUAAAACCACAUCGUUCAUCCGAUUCUGCCUUCGAAGCCAUCAUCUCGGCUUCUACGGCAGCCAACAACCGUCCUUUAACCUUUAACGACUUCAAACUCAUUCGCAAAGUCGGUGCUGGGGAUAUAAGCACUGUAUACUUGUGCCAACUUCGGUCCGAUAAAUCGUGCCAAUAUGCAAUGAAGGUGGUGGAUCGAGAGAUGCUCGCAAUCAAGAAUAAAACACAAAGAGCGGAAAUGGAAAAGAAAAUACUCAAGUUGCUUGAUCAUCCAUUUUUGCCUACGUUAUACGCUCAGUUUGACGCUUCUCAUUUUUCUUGCAUUGUUAUGGAGUAUUGCUCUGGUGGUGACUUGCACUCGCUCCGUCAUAGCCUCCCUUACCACCGUUUUCCUCUCUCUUCCGCAAGGUUCUACGCAGCAGAAGUAUUGGUAGCGUUGGAAUAUCUCCACAUGCUUGGAAUCAUUUACAGAGACUUAAAACCCGAGAACGUUUUAGUCAGAUCAGACGGUCACAUCAUGCUCUCUGAUUUCGACCUCUCUCUAUGCUCUGAUUCCAUCCCAGCUGUCCAAUCCCCUCAUUUUUCAUCCCCAUCCCAUCAUCCUACGGCUCACACUUCUCCACCCAACACUUCCCCCCAAAAAAACUCAUGCACUUCAAGUUCAACUAACAACACCACUCCGUUAUUUUCAUGCAUUCCUUAUAACCGGCUGUUCCGGUCAAAGAAAAUCCAAACCUUAAGCGGUAACCGACUCUUCGUAGCGGAGCCGGUUAACGCUAGGUCUUGCUCCUUCGUUGGGACCCAUGAGUACAUCGCUCCGGAAGUCGCUUCUGGUAAUUCCCACGGAAACGCCGUUGAUUGGUGGGCGUUUGGAGUUUUUCUGUACGAGAUGAUUUAUGGACGGACCCCAUUUGCUGAACCGUCAAACGCAGCCACGCUGCGUAACAUACUGAAAAAGCCCUUGGUAUUUCCAACACAAUCUCCUACUUCCAUGUCAGAGUCUCACGCACGUGACCUCAUAUCCGAGUUGUUGAAAAAAGAUCUGACGAGUCGACUCGGAUCGAGUCGUGGAGCGGCUGACGUCAAGACCCACCCGUUUUUCAAAGAAUUGAAUUUCGCGCUUGUGAGGUCGUUGACACCGCCAGCAGUCCCGGGGUUACGACAACAAUGCCCGCCAGGUGCGACGUCGUUUAAGGGUAGAAAGGAAUCAACGACGUUUGAUUAUUUUUGAUGGAAAGGCUUUUUUAAUGGUUGAGAUUAACUCCACGUGGCUUGUCGGUCCCAUUAUAUGUGGGGACAGUGACAGUCUGGUGGGGACAGUUGUAUAUUCGAGCUGUCUAAUUUAAUGAAGGAGAGAGAAAAAGAUUUUUUUCCGAGAAA